AUAACUUGUCGUUUGAUGGUUUUUUAACCCAAAAAAUCUUCAAAAGCCAAAAGCAUUGGUCCACUCGCAGCUAUUUUAGAACGGAAAUUACUAGAUUUCGUCAUCAAGGCUUCGAGUCUUUCUCCAGCCGGAAAAAAUGGCGUCAAAUCUUACAAUAAGUACCGUAGAAGGGAAUUCCGAUUACGGUUUUGGUUCAAGAGUUCAUUAUCAAGAUCAGUGGGGGAAUUUCAGCAGUGGUGGGAUUAUUUCUGAAAUUGAAGAAGAGUUUUCAAAUGAAUUGUUAGAGAUAAACAAUGAAGUUCCUUUGAAUACGAUAAGUGAAGAAGUUGAAGGGAGUGUAUUCUCGUUUGAUUUUCACAAUAGGGAUGAUGUUGUUUAUGUUGUAGUAGGGACGAGUGAAGAACCAAGCAUGGAUGCACUUAAGUGGACUCUGAAAAAUGCUGUGAAUCCUUCAUCAACUCUUGUUUCUCUGAUUCAUGUCGUUCCUGAGACAAAAUACAUCCCUACACCAUUGGGAAAGCUUCCAAUUAGUCAAGUGAACCCGGAGCAGAAGGAGAAAUACAUGGCUCAAGAAAGCGAAAAGAGGAGAGAAUUCCUUCAAAAGUUUCAGGAUGUCUGUAUUGCUUCACAGGUGACGGUGGAUAUCAUACCUAUUGACAGUGACAUGGAGGCAAAAGCUAUACUGGACCUAAUUCCCGUCCUCAACAUCAGAAAGUUGGUUCUGUGCACCACUAAGUCUAAUCUAAGGAAACUGAGGUCUAAGAAAGCCAGUGGUGGAGCUGAUAAGAUACUACAAGAUGCACCAGAAUACUGUGAAGUUAAGCUCAUAUGUGGAGGAAAUGAAAUAACUGACCUGAAGUUUGAGUCCCCUUCUGCUUCUCCUUCUCCCUCUCCCUCUCCACGGGCUGCCGACCGAAGUCCCAAACCUGUGCAAGAGCAAGAGCAAGAGCAAAGCAAUAAUGACUCCUUUUCAUGUGGGUGCUUCAGGCCUAAGACUAGAUUCUGAAUGCUAAAAGAAUCUAAUGGGAAUAGCUCAGUAUGGGAGAUCUUAAGGUGGCUUCAUUUUAACUGUUUUGCAAUUAACCACAAUGUAUAAAAAUUAUUGAAAGUACAGGCAGGAAAGUCUGAA